AUGACGUCACCCGCGGCCCAUGAGGUUACUCGCGCUGUAGCAGCGGCGGCGUUUGGUAGCAGCCGCGCGCCGCCGUGCAGGUUUUCGGCGCUGGCGCGGCGCGCAGCUCGUGACGAGGAGUUGACAGUGCGGCGCUCCAGUGUGUGCGCGCGCGGCGCUCACGGCGGACCGGCGACCGACCCGCGCGCGCGCGUGCGAGAGAGAGAGAGAGAGACGGAGCGAGAGAGUGGGAGGGGGAAAGAGAGAGAGAGAGAAAGAGAAGGUGAGCGUGCGCCCGGGGGCGGAGGCGGCGGCGCGGUACGGCGCGGCGCGCGCCCCACGGAGUGUCUGCGCACGCCCGCCCGCCUGCCCGCCACCGCGCGCCGGCCUGGAGGGGACCUCCGGCGCGAGGCGUGGAUUGUCACUCAGCCAGUCAGUCGGAGCGUGUCGGGGCUGCCUGACCUCCGGUUGCAGUCUGCCCGCCCCGUUCCAGCCACCUCCACGCCCCUGCCGCCCCGCUUCGUGUUGGGCCAGCGUCUCCGACACCGGACGACGUCAGCCUUGGGUCGACCCGCAUCGGUGUCUCUGCGCAAUGUGUCGCCGCAAGCCCCGAGUCGGCUGCAGCAGCUAACUGUGACCGCCCACACCCACCUCCGCCACGUGCGGAUCCGACAUCCUCAUCAUCAUUUCGCCCCCGCGCCCGUCGCAGCCCACGCCGCACCACUGGCGUCUCGUGAAUGCAGUGAGGACAUCCCAGCGUCGCCCCUGCCUCUACGGGAGCGCCGAGCCAUGCCGAGGAGGAAACAAGACUGCCCCAAACGCAUGAAAUUAGUGGCGAUGGUUGUGCAGGCAACGAUUAUUGCUCAACGUAAGUAGCGGAGACAAUGGCCUCUGAGUGCUGGUGCUACUUCUUGGGUAAUAUUGCAACGAAAUAUCACUUUCCUUUGUCCGUGAUUGAAGUCCGAACGUACGAUGCCAUUCACUUUAUUUCGUGGAGUGCUCUUGAACGUCAGAAUAUAGAAGCAUCUCAAGUACGAGGAUUUAAUUAGAAGGGAUUGGAUGGAUACAUUGACGUAAAUGUCCUUUUUAUGGAUGGGAGUUUUUAAUGGCAACUAUACUUGUGAAUCUUGAUAUAAUUUUUUAUAUUGUUUUGAUUUAUUCCUGUCUUUUCUAGAAUUUCUCAGUUGAAAAACAGAUAAGUGGUACAUGAUUAAUUUGUUGAAUCAAUAUUUUUUCAUUGUCUCCGUAAGUAGAUAUUGCUUAGAUUGUAUGAAAUGAGAUAAUAAUAACAACUAGAUAUAUAAUACACAAUAUUCUG